AGAAUCAAACAACACCCCCUUCUUUAAACUCGUUUCUGUGUAAUUGAAUCCAUACUCAAGAAAAAACCUCCAGAUUCCUACAAUUUUAGAGGAAAUAAAGGAAAGUUACUCGGGAGUAAGCCGCUGAGGUGAGUUUUUAAUGACGGCGGACAACAACGUGACAACUCGGCUUGUUUUCAGCGACGUUAAGACUCUGUGAACUUGCCAAGAUAUCACAAGGUGUCCACUGUCAGUCAAGUUACUUAUUUAUGCUGUAAAGUAAGACAGUCAAUUCAGUUUCCAAGCUUUGCAUUAUAAGCUGAUCAAUAUGACUCUAUAGCCUCAUCAAUGGCUCUCAUGAGUUGUUGCUGUUUUUUGAGAUGUCAAAUUCGUGUGUUUACAUUUGACCAUUUGAACUUUUGUAAGCUAUUUUUGGUGCUACACACACAAAAACAAAACUGUACUCGUUCGGUUUGUCUGAGCAUGCUUCACAUUACAUAACCCUUUAGUAGAUACACUCAAAUAUUUGACAGAUGAUCUCUGUGUCUGUAACAUGUAGGUUAAAUGUCAGGGUCUUUAAAGCACAUUACCAUGACUGUUAAGCCUAACUUGGAAGCUGCACCCUUUUUCUCAGACUCCCUGCCAAUUAUGUGAUCAUGAUUAAAAUUACAACCAGUGUUUACUUUUAUUCUACAACCAGUCAGGAGAUAGAUGAAUAUCAAAGGUCCCUUUCCAUUUUGAAGGGUGACUUGAGACAAAAAAAAAUCAGCUUAUCUAAAAAUCAAUGAAUCAUUUGAUGCAGUUUUCAGGAGAAAACAAACCGUGUUCACCGGUUUUGUCCUCUCCCUGUUUUUGUUAGUACGCUUGAUGAACUGUUGGGUGAAAGAAAAGCAAUUCAAACACGUUAUUUUCUCCUCUUUGCAUCCCUUUAAUGUUUAAUACUGAUUACAAAAGAAUAUUUGAGGAAGUAAAAGGUGAAGAAAUGAACGUAAAUGUUAAUAGUCUGACUAACAGUUCAAAAACAAGUGAAAUUCAGUCCGUGAUACAAACAACAGCAGUCAGAAAAUGUUUGAAUUUAUCUGGUUGCCAUUUGAUCAAAUGAUUCGGCUCCCUUGAUAAUGUUGCUGAAGAUGUGAGAAGUAAGUAAGUAAGUAAACUUUAUAUUUGUAGCACUUUUCACAGACAAAAGAGUCACAAAGUGCUUCUUAUAGACAAAAAUAAAAAUGUACAGUACACACAAAUUAAAAGGCCAAGACUUCAACAUUAAACAGUCAUAGCAGCCCCCAAAACAAUUAAACAAACGCCUGAGCGAGUCCAACAACAAACGUUAAAACUUGAAACCUGGUUAAAUUGAGUGUAAUUUCAAUUGCAUGAUUAAGUGGAUACUCUGAUUUAAAAACCCACCGCCUGAAUUCAGAUUUCAUCCUCACUGAGUAGUUACUUUGUCUUUGGUUUCCUGUUAAAUAAACCCAGUCAGUCACAGAUUAUAUCGCUAGAAAUCCACAUGACCAUGUCAGACCAUUCAUAAGCUCAUGGCAAGUAGAAAAAUGCAUGUCUAUACUUGAGUGUUACAGAUGAAUAGCCGACUUUCCUUUCAGGAUUAAAAUUAGCUCAAGUGUAGGAGCGGCUGAUUAACAUUGUUUCUCAUUGUAACGUUUCCCCUUUUUUUCCAGGAUGGACACUGAAACUCCCCCUGAUAUUAGAUAAGCUUACAGUAUAGAAACAGAGUGAGUGCAGUAGAGGAUGCAACCAUCCACAACAACAACAAAGAGGAACCUAAUUUGUGAAGGAUGGGUGGUGCUGGUGUCUGCAGAAAUGUCCUAAAGCUAGAUAAACAAGUUAUAUUAGUUAGUUAGGGAGAAAAAUUAAGAGAGCAACUUCGUAAGAGAAUUUUACCUGAGGUGUUGAGUUAGGGAAACAAUUUCAACAAGUGACACGACAGAUGAAAACAGCAGAUGAUGGAGUGUGGUGAGAGAGUGCUUUGCGCAUCCGGGGAGGUGGAGCUGGACCCCAACAUUGUGAGUGAAGAGGCAGGAAAACUGUAUUCCGAACUACAGGUAAAGCAGCUCAACAUGUUUCUCUUUUUUAUCUUCAUUCAUCAAACCAUGUGUAGAUUUGCACUUGUUGUACCUGGUUUUGCACUGUGUCUCCUCACUACUCCGCAGACGGUUAUAGAGACCCAUGGCGAAGGUGUGGUGGAGUCCUUGGUGCCCAUAUUUGUAUGGGUCCUCGAGGGGCUGGCCACUUGCAAAGCUCAACUGCGGGAAAAAGAGGAGGAGGCAGAGAGGGAGAAAGCUGACAGAGAAGAGUUACUGGAGAGGUACCAAGCAGAGAGAGCGCUCAGAAAAGAGAGUCAAGAGGUGGGUACCUCAGAAAGUGUUGAUGGUUUGUGCUUUACAAUGAUGUGUUUCCAUAAAAACUGUGAAAGUCAGAGCUGUUAAAACCGUGUGUCUUCUUCAGCGGUAUCUAGAGCUAGACGACCAAAUUGAACAAGAGAGGAGAGCCAUGAAGGGAAGAGAGAUGGAGAGGGAACGACGACAGAGACAGCUGGAGAAGAAAGCAAGAGAGCAAGCAGAUCAGUGUGAGUAUGGAAAUAGUAACAUUGGCCGUUAGUGUUUCAAACUUAAGCUUCUACAUAUUUACCAAAUAAAGUUACGUCUCAUCUCCUCCUGCAGUGGUGGCUUUGGAGGAGCAGAAGACAAAUCUGGGUAGAGAGCUGAGCACGCUUAAGCACACUCACAACAAGGUCAGAUCACAGCUUUUAUUUAGGACCUCAGUGUUGAUGUGUUUCCACAUAUUUUAUCAUGAGAUUAAGCAUUUAUUUGUCAUUGCUCUGCGUCUGACCAGCUGAUGUCUUCUCCUUUAGUUGGCUCAUACAUAUCGAGAUUUUUUGGAAAAGAGAAGAGAUUCAGAGCGGGAUUCUCCUCUCAGGUUACUGAAAAAUCUUUUAUCCGCAACAUUCUUUAUUUCAGAGCAGUAAGCAUCUUUCUCACACACAACUAAAUCAUAGUCUAAAAAUAAUUAUAUUUCAUCCAGGUUAUGGCAAAAAGUGCUGUAAGAAAGUGGUACAAAAACAUAAGAAAGGUGUACAGACUGAAUCUGUUUAUUCUCUCGUGCAACUGCAUGUUGGUUUUAGGAAUCACCUGCGUCCCAAGAAUGCUGAAUUUUCAUCCAACCAAGUUUGCGAAUCCCCUGUUCCUGAAAAGGUAAAUAUAACCUCACUGUUCACAUCUUUGCACAUCUAAAUCCAUUUCAAUUGAAGACUUUUCCAAAGGAGUUCAUGUUGUUUCUCGUUUGCAGAUGAUACAGAGACCACAUUCAAAUUCUGGUCCCCCCACUUUGGACAGUCUUGUAGGCAAGGAUGUAAAUGUGACUGAUGUUGCAGAAAAACCUCCUGAUCGUUUUAUCAGCGACAUUAUAAGCUCCACUCCUGAGCUCGGACAGUUUCACUGCUGCUUGGAUGCGAGGUGGUAAUUUUAUUUUAUUCUUUUUAGUUUGAGGAGUGUUUGCAAUCAUUCACUGAAUCUAAGGUUUCUAUAGUUCAUGGAUAUGUUUGUGGACACAGAGUACGCCAUUAACAUGUCAAUCUUCUCCCAUCUCUUCUUCUUUUUUAUUUGCACCAUCCUCAGCACUCCAGUAACCAAACCCCAUACCAAAGAGCCAACAACAGAUCAAUCAGAGAAGAGCUUAGAGGAUGAGAUAGGAGAGGUGGAGGAGAAAGAGCCCAAAGCAGAAGAGGAGGUGAGAGAAGAGAGGCAGGGAAAAGAGGAGGACCAGGACGGAGAGGGGGAUGAAGAUGACAGUCUGGAGUGGGAGCUGCGCAACACUGACUCGGUGUUCUCUGAGCUGUCGGAGCUGAGUCGGGAUUAUGUGGAGAGUGUCGACCAAGGGGCCAAUGUUAGAGGUAAACACUUCUCCAAAAACAGAAAUAUGGUUGAUGUAUUCUCUUCAUAAUGACCGAACGUUUAAUUGAUGGUUAAUAUGACAGUAAGGUGCUGAUCAAGAAAUAGCUAGUUAGAGGGUCUGAACCUUAAUCAGGUAUCUGUGCUUUUCAUUCACCAGCAGAACUGAAACAGAAAGUCGGUCAGCACAGACAGUGUAAAUUAAAGAGGCGUGCUUCCUGAAAAUGAUCUAGCAUUGGUGGGAAACUAUUUAUAUCCUGUAAACAUGAAGUAAAGUGCAUCAGUGACAAGAGAUCUAUCAAUUUACAUUUCAUCACUUUUUAUUUCCUGUUUUAAUACUGUGUAUUUACCAUGUGAUCUUCUUUUUUUAUUUGAAGACAGGUUAAAUAAGAGCUUUUCUUAAAUCUGUUACAUGAGUCUGAUUUUUUUUGUGUGUGUGUUUCUUUUCUCUUUGUAGGGAGCACAGACCAGUUUGAGGAGAUUCUUUCUCAGUAUGAGGAACUAAAAGUCACCCAGUGAGUGCUAUAUUUAAUUUCUCUGACCUUGUUCUCACUUUCACUAUUUGGUUGUUUGACUGUAAAGGGAUUGUAUAUGAAAAAAAUAGGAUUUUGCAAUCAUUCAGUUCCGGCUCUGUAAAGCCUCAUCACCAAAAUUAUUGGUGGCCACUUCAAAACAUUGAAUUCCUCAUUUUCAUUUUUACCCUCUGAUUUCAGUGAGUUAGUCGAUGCUGCCCGAAAGGCUUUGAUAUCUCGAGUGGUGGAGCUGACUGAUGACCGUUCAGCUCUUCAGUUGGAAGUGUCCUCUCUCCAGGAAACAGUCUCACGUCUAGAGGGGCGAAUGAAGGAGAAGGAGGAGGAAACUAAGAGGUGAGGAAGAUUAUUUUACACUUUUUCCACCCACUUAUAUUGUUUUCAAUUCUUUAAUUUCUUUUUUACUUCUUUAUUUUUCAUGCACUGCUAUGACAGUACUUUUGUGUUUAAGUUUUUUUUUUUAAUUCACUCUUUCUCAGACUUCGGAAAGAACUGGACACCUGGCAAUCUGAAGAUCCUGAUGUAAGGAGACUUUCUCAUAUUCAGACUCUUAUAUAGUGUAUCAUAAAGAUGUAGUGUUACAGUAGCAUUUCAGUGGUAAACCAUGUUUCUGAAACCAGACAGUUUUUAUUGGUUGUUACUUUGUCAGACUCUAAUGCUACACUCCAGUGAAGCAGGAUGAUUUUCUCCACACAGGCAGCUUUACCCACAGCCAUGCGACAGUUUUCUCGUUCUGAAAUGGCCCGUGUGGUGAUGGAGAAAAACCAGUACAAGCAGCGACUGUUUGAGCUUCAGGAGGCAAUGAGACACAGCCAGACGCUCAGGUAACUUUGCCACUGCAUCAGCUGAUAGAUGUCAUUGCUGUGUGCUAAUUUCAAAGACAUUUUUAUUGUAUUUAUUUGUUUGGUUGUCUGUUUUUGGCUUAAUAAAAGGUGACUAUGUUCAAGGUUCUUGUUCCUCCGGCCUUAUUUAUGUUUUUCCUGUAUUUCUUCUGUAGAGCUUCAAAAGAGGAGAGGGUAACAGAGGACAGAAGGUCAAGUGUUUGGAGAAAGUAAGUAAUAUGAGUAAUAGUCAACAGACAGGUGUGUAACAGAAGACUAAGCAGGCUCUGGUGAUGCAGAAACAAUAUUACUAUUGAAUCCCUUAAAAAACAAAAAUUAUGAAAGAAUACGCUUGAUAAAAAAUUGUAAUACCAAGAUAUGUUGUUCUCAAGUGACCUUAAUCUUCUGUUGAUAAAACAGCAAGAAGCACCAUGUUUCUAAAUUAAUCCCCAAAUCAAAAUGCUGUUUUAGGGUUUGUGUGGUUUCAGGUAUUAAACAUACAGAUACUGGUGCUUAUGAUAGCUACACGUGCAACUUGAUCUCAUGAUAAUUCAAGGAAACUGAGCGUUUCAGGGGUUUGAAGAGGAGAACAAAACAAAAGAGGGGCUAGAGCUUUUGGACUGUCAGUGACAACACCGGUUACACUUUGAUAAAAUAAGUAACAAUUAAGACAGACUGGUCUAUUAAAGUUCAUAUGAGGAAAAAUGAACACAGAUGCUUCUUUGUGGUCUACAGGAGCAAACAAGAUCUUUACUAAAAAGACUGACAUUUUCUAUAACGUAGCUUUUAAUGCAUAAAAAUGCUGCAGAGAGGUAGGUGUCAAGACAGGGCUAUUUUCAGCGACAUAAAGUAAACCUUCCCUCUUACUUUUACCACAGCUGUUAUUCAUGAGCACUGAUUUAUUUGACUAAUAAAAGAAAGCAGUGUGAGAUUUUUGUCUUUUUUGCCAGAAAACACAUCUCACACAUUUACAUGUAAAGAUCAGAGUGGAAAAGAGGUAUCGCUUUGUCCACAAGAGGUGCCACAUGUUCCCCACUGGAGCUUUAAUUAAUUAUGUGGUUGGUAUAAUGCCCAAAUCAGAUAUUUCAUGUAUAAAUUAUUGAUGUCUUUUUAUCAUUUAAGGUUCAACCGCUUGUUGGGUCUGACCAAGUCACCCUUAAUCCCACCUCCUGCUUCUUCAUAUCCCCGGCCCAUGUCUCCUUCGCUGGCCCGCGCUCCUCUGAGGCCUCCACAACCACCACCUGCCACUCCGACUCAUGCGGAGUAAGCUUGUGUUUUUGUUUCUGUUCACUCUUGAAUGAAUUCCUCUGAUCCAAAAUUUACACUCUUUCCAUCAAAAUUGAAUCACCACUGAAAUCUCAAUCAAGAUGAUUAACAGCAGAAGCACUCUCUGUAGAUCUGCCUCUCCUGCUGCUCUUUCCCCCCGUGUCAGGAAAAGAGAACUCUACAGGGAAAUCCGCUCACACAUUUGGGGGUCACUUGGAAAACGGCAGAUCCACGGCUGGAGCACACCAUUGGCUAACACACAGGUGGGAGAAACAUCAAUGCAAGAUAUAUGGCAAUCUGAGAGGUGAAGUGGAGGAGCUCUUAGUAAAACUAUCAUAAACCAAGUCUGAUUUAAAAGGUUAUUCCAGCGUAAAAUUAAUUUAGGGUCAAACACACCAAGUUAGACACCCCCUUGAGCGAUGGAUGUUGCUGACCGCUUGCUUCUCUAGUUUUACCAACUUUAGUAACGACCGCAGGAUAGCAAUACACAGGGGUCUAUGGAACCACACACAAACCUCAACCAAAACGUCACUCUGUAGUCACAAAUAAUGCUCAGAACAGCACCUAACUUCAUCAACAGUACAUAUAGAGUCCCAGCCACAGUACUAGCCACCAAACAUCUUUUUAGCUUUGCCUAAUUUCUUUAGCAAAGAUCAUAAAUGUUCUUCCUUGAGCUGUGUCACCCUGCUGCAGUCGAUAGACUCGCCCGGAGGUCUCCGUACAAACAAGCAGCUGCUGGAAAAGAGUAGGUGAGCUGCGUUUACUCUCUGAUGAAGUUAGGUGCUGUUCUGAGCAUUAUUUGUGGCUAUAGAGUGGCGUUUUGGUUGAGCGCAUGGCUCUCUUUAUUGCUAUUGUGCAGUUGUCACUAAAGUUGGUAUAACUAGAGAAGCAAGCAGUCGGCAACAUUCGUCUCUCGAGGGGGUGUCUAACUCAGUGUUAUGGUGUGUCUGACCCUAACUUAAUUUUACACCUGAAUAUCCCUUUAAGGGGGAGGAGACAUUUAUUUAAGAGAAGCUGACCCAGACAUUCAACUGGAUUGUAAGGACAAAGCUGCUACAAAGACUUGAACUUGCCCAAACAUGUACAACUGUCAUCCGUAGGAAUCCCAAGAACCAGUCCCUGAACCUAAAGAUGUGCCUGUUCUGAUGCGGCUCAGACUAUUAGAUCAAAGAGACUCCACAGCAAAAGUAAGUCCACCUACUUUUAAAAAAAAAAUGAAAAAAAGAACCUUACAGCGUUUACAUUAGACCUCUUUUCUCCUCAGCUGAACUGUGCUGUUGCUGUCACACCUGAGAUCUCAGGCGAAGCCACAGUAAGUCUGUUAUUAUCCUUGUCAACCAGCACAAAUCUUCAUACCCUAAUUAUCAUGUACAAUUCCAUUCAUCCAUGACUAACGCUGACCUAGGAUCAAGUUGUUUCAUGCCGCUCAUCUCCUCACACUCCAUAUCCGUCCUUCUCUGCCAGUGUUCAGUGUGGGUAGUUUCUGGCCCCGCCUCCUGCAGUGAUAUUACAGUGAUUGAUCCAGCCCGUUCCAACACAGUUCUGGAUCAGUUCAGCCUCCCUCCCACUGCUCCCGUCCUCUGCAUCUGUGCUGUACCUCCCAUAGGUCAGUGCCAGCACAAAGGGCUGCAGAGGCUGCCUUCAAACACCCUCUCUGAUCUAAUAUGUUCUCAUACUAUCCCCUCAAACUGUAGUCAUAGUUUCAUAGUUUCACUCUGAAAUCAGCGCUGCUUUUUGAGCCUUUUCUUUUUUAAAACAAUCUCUCUGGUCUUGUUAUUUUAGGUGACUCGGCAGGAACCGUGUGGAUUGGAACUCAGGAAGGAAGGUCUCUGCUGAAUAAGCAUCUCACUUCACUGGAUAACUCACUCUUUGAGUCAAAAACUUGGCAAAGCACUCUAACCAGUCCUCUUAACUUUCUUCCCUGGCUUUCUCUCACCCCUACAGUAUACAGGUACACUCUGCCUCUGCUGGUCGAAGACGCUGUCUGCAGUCAGUUUCCCUCACUGAGAGCGUUCAUUCACUCACGUGAGUUGGUUUUUUAGAGAUCGCCUUUAACCGUAGUCUUUUUGUUACUUUAUUGAGAAAACUCUGACAAUAAGCUAUCUUGUUGCUACUCAAUCUGACAGAUAUUCCCAGGGUCAAGUCAUUGCAGGUUUAGCUGAUGGGACUUUAGCAUUUUUCUCGCACAGUUCAGGUAAUGGCUCUCUGUUUCCUUUUUAGCGUCACAAAGCUUAAUGAUUAGCUGUGUCAAUAAUGAAUGCUGUGAUCGACAGGUGGCUGGAAUCUACAAUCACACUUCACGAUGCCUCUUGGAUCAAACCCUCUGCAGCCCAUUCGUUGCUGCCUCGCAAAAGGAAGCUUGCUGUGGGUGGGAUACUGGAAUAAAGUCCAUGUGGUUGACAUUGGCAACAAGAAGGUUGAGGUACGAUACAGUGGACGAACCUUCCAUACACUGUUUCAUAUCGACACUUUCUAAUAAGUAUUAUUGUCUAUCUGCCUUUGCAGCAAACUUUCUCAGUGUCAGAGCGCAGUGAGCAGCAGGUUCGUUUUCUGUCUGCUGGUGGGAGUGGUGUGUGGACAUCCUGCCGCCUUGAUCCAAUGCUCAGACUGUUUGACUGGUCCACAGGACGGCCACUGCAGGAAGUGGAUUUAACCUCCUUGGUCACUAAAACAUUAGGUACUUAAGUUGUGUUUUGUUUGUUUUUAGAUCUAUGUGAAAUGAAAAAACACAUUUGAUUUGACGCAGCUUUCUUAUUAGCUCUGAAAUCCAAAGUUUGUGUCAUCAUGAUAUGGUUAUGUCCUCUGAUGUAAAGAAACACAGCUCAACCUCACAAAGAGAUUACUUUUUACUUUGGAGCAAAUACCAUCUUUGUGUAUUCAAUAAUAUUUUUGAUGUUUUGUGCAGUUUUUUAAUUUAGGGAUCUUUUGUGACUGUGUGCUACUUUUUGAUGGCUGUGUUAGAAUUACAUAAAGAGUUAAAUACAGAUUUAAAAAAGGAACAUUUAUUAAGCAAAGGAAAGAGAAUCUCUGCUAACUGACUAGAAAUGCUGUAUGUGUUUUCAAACAUUGUUCUUUUUUGUUUCUCUCAAUCUUUCCUGCAGAUGUGCUUAUGUGUUUCUGUCUCCCUCUGUAGGCCCAGCCUUCCUGUCACUCUCCCCUCUCCAGAUCUCAUCUCUUGCAGUCAUCUCUGGUCGUCUGUGGGUGGGCACAGGAGGUGGUGCCAUUUUCUCCAUCCCAUUAUCCAUAAGUGAGUUAAUUUAGACUGCAAGUACAAGCUUCCUGCAUUUAAUAUUGUCAGAGACACACAACGUUGUGGUGAUGAACGAUGUAUUGUUUGAACAUUGUAAAAAAGAUGCGUGCAUGCGCAAUACUCACUUCCCAAGAUGUGUGAUGUCAGUCGAUUGAGCUGAAGGUGUCAAUCUGUUUCUACUUUCUUGUUUUUCGGGGUUAAUCUAUGAUGUUUGUCUGAAAUCACUUUAAUGCAGCUCUUUAUUUAAACACAGAGAGAAACUGAGUGUUGUACAGGCAGUGUUUAUAUCUGUGUCACAUGACCAUUGAAUUCACACACACAUGUCUGUUGCAAUUCUUCUACCAUCAAAGAUAUUCUCUACUGUCAGACAGUGUUUUCCUGUUGUCUUGGAGCUCAUCAAUGUUGGGGGCACACACAGGCUACUGAACUUAUUGGAUCACAGAGUCUUUACUUUUAGCGCCAGCACCUACAGUGCACGUGCAUCAUAGUAAUGUGGAAAAAUAUGCAGUGAGAAGACAGAGAGUUUUCAUAAAUAAAAUGAGACAUGGAUUAAGCAUGGUUUUUAAGACUGUCAGAAAUGAGUAAAUGAACUUAGUAAAGUUUAUGUAACAAUGCGUCGCUCCUUCUGUACCAGCUCCUCCUCUUGUGUCUCUACCUCUGCGUGUGGAUAUCAGAACUGCUGUCUGAGGGCUGUAAUAUAAGUGGAGAAGAGUUUUGAUACAAAAGCAAAAAAACUGUUUCACAGAUCUAAAUUUUAAUUAGUUAUUACAAUUGUGUUACUGAAUUUUUUUAUUUAUUUUCUGAACACUUCAAAUAUAAGGCAUUUAUCUGCUGUAAAUUCCUGUAUUUUUUCAUAUCAGAAAUAUAAUACAGAUAGGAAAAAAGUCGCCAUAUUAGUUUUUAUCAUUAUCGUGCAGUUCCACUAUGUCGUAUAAUAUACUGUUUUAUUGACUAUCUCCAGCAUCAGAGGAUGUGUCUAUCCCAUAUUGCUCCACUGCAUCAGCCCAGCUGUGCUACCAUGGACACAGACAAGCUGUCAGGUUCAUCUUUGCUGCUCCUGGUAAGAAUUAAUAUAAAAUAUGUUGAUUUUUUUUUUAUCACUUUUUUUUAUUCAUGGUGUGUUUAGUAACAAAAUCAUCUCCGCCCCUGCAGGUUGCUUGAUCACCUCUCCUGGCAGCAACACUGUCACUACCUCUCAGCUUAUCCUCUGUGGAGGAGAGGGCUACAUCAACUUCCGAAUGGGUGAGUUAAAGGAAAAUACCACUAUAAAAUUUAAGUGUCUAAUAUAAUGGCUCUAUGUGUAGUGUUGAAGCAUAACCAAACCAUGCUCUUUUGAAGGUGAUGACGCAGGUGAGGGAUCAGCAGAACUGUCUCAAACUACACCUCAACGGUCUGAACGCAGUCACAUGAUCAUCUGGCAGAACCCCUCACCCUCAGUGCCCAACCCAUCCCUCUGACAGCACUGACCUGCACUUUUUAAAGAAGCUAAAGUUGGAGCAGACAAGUACGGGACACCAGCAGAGCCUGAUAUGACUCUGGAAAUGACGCUUUAACAGAACUGAGCGAGCCGUCGUCUCAGCGUGGCAGCAAUAAACGUCCUCUAAAGACUUUCCAUGACACAAACGGUUUCAUCUUUGUUUACCUCAUUCAAACUGUAAGUCUGUCUUUUGAGUGGAUGCUCUUGCUCUGUGCAGUCAUCUCAUUAAACAUAUUGUUUCUGUAGAAUUGGUCAGGGAUUGAGAUGCCUGAUUUUUAAAAUCUUAUUUCCUUUGCACUGAAAAACAUUAAGUGUCCUUGUUAUAAAAAGAGAAUACUUUCAUUCCUCCAAGGUGGCAUCAGGUCUUUCUAUCGUACUUUUUUGAUCAGUUAGUGUAACUUGAUAAUGUAGCUCCUGUAUACAUACUUCAGUGUUUACUGUGAACUGGAAACAGGUAUUGGUCAUAACUCGGCACAGAAAUCUGACACCCAUCAUCUCUAGAUGCUGUGUUAAGGUUGGGCAUAAUUACUUUUGAAUGAUUAUUUUUUAGUUCAUCUCUAAACUCUUCCCUUCCACAUUAAAUGUGGUGUAAACUAAAAAAAAUGCUUAUUUUAAGUGUCUGUCUACAAAUAUCUGAUAUUUCAUCUUUUAAGUGACAACUAUGAGUG